AUGGCUACCCUUUUAGAAUUCAGAAUUCAGUGGGAAGUCCCUGUUUCGGUGACGCAAGGAAAGUUGAUGGGGAGAAGGUCAAGAUUGCUAGGAUUUGUUACCCCUGAAGCGAUCGGGUUCCUCUCCGCCGUCGGGGUCUUCAUCAUCCUACUCACCAUCCUGUUCCUCUUCAUCAACAAGAAGCUCUGCUUUGCAAAUAUAGGGGGGUUCCCCUGCUUGGAGCAACGGGGGAAACACAAGAGCUAUAGAGAAAGGUCUGGGGUCCACGAGGGACUCGCUUGCAGAACUGUGAGUCUGGCAUGCUGACAAAGAUGAACCGACGGUGUUCAUGACCAUCGGACCGUUUGCUCGCGGUUUGUGGUUUGACGCAUGGCUUCUCAGGACAUUCAGAGUUUCUUCCAGCCCCUUUCCUCCUGGAUGUCUCGGAUGUAUGAGGCUGUCCAACAAGCCGGUGACGCCUUAUCAUCUUCCUUGGUCAGUCUGGGAAGCAAAGAGGAGCAGCGUGCCAACAAUGAGACGGACGAGGAGUUAGAAGGCAGCGAUGGACCUUAUGAGCGUUACUCUGAAGGUUCGGAGGACGAAAGCAUCUCUAGCCAAGGGAGCGAAGGAUCGGAUCGCUUUUCAGCAUCUGGUUGUUGUGACCCUACCUCACGGAACUCUUCCUGGAGAGAAGUGGGAGAAAGGAGGAGCCUCGUCUUCUCAGAAUGUCUCGAUGAAGAUUCUCAGACCUGCCAUGGAAUCCACCAAAGUUACAAGGGCCACCAGCCUAUGGAGACUCUUCCCACCAUCCCAGAGGAAGAGGAGCACCUCCAUUCCAAGCAGAGUAAGACCUUUCCACUCAACUGGGAUGAUCAGAGAUCUCUGAACAGUUACGGGGAGGAUGAGGAUCUAACGACAUCCUCCGACAGCGACGACGAGGUGAUUAAGCAGUUCGAGAUCUCCGUCUCACGGUCCCAGAGCUUUCGGUCGGGAGUUUCCGAAAAAGGGACCCAGGCGGGUUUCGAGCGUAGGCCCAAAUUCAACCGCUUGCUUUCGAACCACGAAGAAUACAGUACGGAGGGAUCAGAAUGCGAAGAUCUGGAUGGGUUCAGCCAACUGAGUUACCAAGACAACCUCUCUUAUCAUGAAGAUGACCGCCUCUCCUUCGAUUCGAGAACCGCGUCGGAGAGCAGGGGCUCCGGUCAGCCCAAAGACCCCGAGAUGGAGCCCGGUGCAACACCCAGCCUCAGCCGGCAAGAAACCGAAGGGAGUUUGGAAAUGGAAACGGCUUUUAGUAACCAAGCCUUUGAAGGAAACGACGCAACGGAUAGCUCGUCGGCCUGGAGCCCGGAGGAACCUGAUGGCGCCCGUGCCCUCCCCGCCCGUCCCAGCGCCCACGAGCCCAUUUCCAAAUGCGGCGACUUAGACGUCCUCUUUGACUACAGGCCCUCGAGCCAAAAGCUGGUGGUGACUGUCCUGGAAGCGAAAGAUAUCCCCGACAAGGACCGGAGCGGGGCGAGUACCUGGCAGGUGCACACGGUCCUGAUGCCCGGUAAGAAACAGAGGGGGAAGACGGGCCUCCAGAGGGGCCCCAGCCCGGUCUUCAAGGACAAGAUGACCUUCACCAAGCUGGCCCCCGAGGAGCUGGGCAGCUACGCCCUCCGGUUCCGCCUGUACACGGUGCGCAAAAUGAUCAAGGAGCGGAUGAUGGGCGAGCGGCUGUUUCGUCUCGGGAACCUCAGCCAGGAGGGGGAAGCGAAGGUGACGCUGGUCCUGGAGCCCAGGAGCAACCUGCGCCGUGGAGGCUCCCAGAUCAGCUUGUCUGCCAUCUCUCACAGCGACAGUGCCUCUUCGACCCAGUCCUUGUCCCAUGGAGGGGUGCCAGAGCUGCUGGUGGGGCUCUCCUACAACGCCACAACGGGGCGACUGUCUGUCGAGAUGAUCAAGGGCAGCCACUUCCGCAACCUGGCGUUCAACAGACCGCCCGACACUUACGGCAAGCUCUGCCUGCUCAACUCAUUCGGCCAGGAGAUGUCGCGGUGCAAGACCUCCGUCCGCCGGGGCCAGCCAAACCCCGUCUACAAAGAGACUUUCAUCUUCCAAGUGGCCCUCUUCCAGCUCUCGGAGGUCACGCUGAUGAUCUCCGUCUACAACCGCCGCAGCAUCAAGCGCAAGGAGAUGAUCGGUUGGCUGUCCAUGGGGCAGAACAGCAGCGGCGAGGAGGAGCUGAACCACUGGCAGGAGAUGAGAGAGUCCAAGGGCCAGCAGGUGUGCCAGUGGCACACGCUCUUGGAGUCCUAA